AUGCAGAAGAUGGUUCACCAGAGUUAUUCUCUCAAGGAGACCAGAAGGCUAAGAUAUCAGAUUUUUCUUGGAACCAAAACGAGCCGUGGGUUAUUGCAAGUGCAGCAGAAGACAACAGUCUUCACGUCUGGUAAAUGGCGGAAAACAUCUAUCGGGACGACGAUGAAGCUUAGAACGACGAGGCCAUCAAACAAGAUACUACAUAACGUCAGAACUCAAGGAAAAACUACUAAAGCUCCAGUUUCAGCAUCUCUACAAGACUGA